AUAAAGUGGAAUUAACAACCAUCUGAUGCAUCCGUUUUCUCCUGAGCAGACUGAUGAAUGAAAGGUUGUGAAGUCAUAGCGUUUGUUCUAAUGGGUGUUUAUGAAGUCAGUCUCUGUUCUCUGUCCCUCCAGAUCCUAAGAACAUCUGUCAUUGUUGAGUGUGUUCUAGAAUGUGGAAUCAUGGCUUUAUAAAAGAUGCAUGUGUUCUUUGUAACUUUGGAUUCAAGCGUCUACAGGACAGUAUUUGCUAAAGACAUCGAGAGUAGACACAUUUGGCUGAUCCAGGCUAUGAGAUAUGGAUAUUAAUGAUGAUUCUAACGAUGACCAUCUUGCAAGUUAUGACCUUCAGCUCUGUAUUCAGGAAUCCAUUGAAGCAAGCCAGGCUGUAUUCCAUCCCAAAAGAUUGGUACAGCUAAGUGAUCAAAACAGAAAGCUUGUGGAGGCCAUAAGGCAAGGUCGCAUUUUUGAGCUCCAGGAGUAUGUGCAACGUAAGUAUGCACUGGAAGAAGCAGAUGAGAAAGGAUGGUUCCCACUGCAUGAAGCUGUAGUCCAACCCAUUCCACAGAUACUGGAGACUGUGCUGGAUGCAUCCUAUAAGACACUCUGGGAAUUCAAGACCUGUGGUGGAGAAACACCCUUGACUCUGGCAGUCAAAGCUGGUCUGGUGGAAAAUGUCAAGACGUUGCUAGAGAAAGGGGUCUGGCCCAACACCAAAAAUGACAAAGGAGAGACGCCUCUUCUGAUUGCUAUAAAGAGGGGCUCCUAUGACAUGGUCUCUGCACUGAUUAAAUACAAUACCAGCCUUGACCAGCCCUGUGUCAAACGAUGGUCAGCUAUGCAUGAAGCAGCUAAGCAAGGCCGCAAAGAUAUUAUCACUCUGCUACUGAAUCACAGAGGCAAUGUCCACCUGCAAGAUGGAUUCGGAGUGACACCCUUAGGAGUUGCUGCUGAGUAUGGCCACUGCGAUGUGUUAGAACACCUUAUUCACAAAGGUGGUGAUGUGUUUGCUUUGGCGGAUGAUGGGGCAUCUGUGCUAUUCGAGGCAGCAGGAGGAGGAAACCCUGACUGCAUCUCCCUCCUGCUGAAGUACGGAGGAAGCGGCAAUGUGCCCAACAGAGCAGGGCACCUUCCCAUACACAGAGCUGCCUACGAGGGACAUUAUCUUGCUCUGAAAUUACUUAUCCCAGUAACAUCCAAACACGCAAUUCAGAAAAGCGGCCUAACUCCAAUUCAUUCAGCAGCAGACGGACAAAACGCCCAGUGCCUCGAACUGCUCAUCGAUAAAGGUUUUGAUGUCAACGCCCUGCUUGCCGACCACAUUUCCCAGAGCUACGAUGAUGAGAGAAAGACUGCACUCUAUUUUGCUGUCUCUAAUAAUGAUGUGCACUGCACAGAAGUCCUUCUGGCGGCAGGUGCAGACCCCAACUUAGAUCCCCUCAACUGUCUCCUUGUGGCAGUGAGGGCCAAUAGACAUGAAAUCGUACGGCUGCUUCUCUCCUAUGGGGCUGACGUCAAUUGUUAUUUUAUGCAUGUGAAUGACACUCGCUUCCCCAGCGCCAUUCAGUAUGCCCUAAAUGACGAGCUUAUGCUGAGGCUCCUGCUGAAUAAUGGCUACCAAGUGGAGCUAUGUUUUGACUGCAUGCAUGGAGACAUCUUUGGAAAUUCAUUUGUGUGGUCAGAGAUAGAGGAGGAGGGACUGCCAGGAUGGACGUCUUGCAUAAUAAAAGACAAUCCGUUCUGUGAGUUUAUUACAGUUCCAUGGAUGAAGCACCUGGUGGGCGGCAUUGUCCGCAUACUGAUAGAUUACAUGGAUUAUGUCCCUCUGUGUGCGAAAUUGAAGUCUGUGCUAGAAGUACAGAGAGAAUGGCCAGAAAUACGCCAAAUAAUCGAGAAUCCUUGCUCCUUAAAGCAUCUGUGCCGAUUAAAGAUUCGCAGACUUAUGGGACUCCAGCGACUCUGCCAGCCAGCCUCCGUGGAGAAGCUCCCUCUGCCCGCGGCAAUGCGAAGAUACUUAUUAUUUAAAGAAUAUGAUCUCUAUGGACAGUAGCUAAAGUUGAUAUAACUUCAAAAUUAUAUUUUAAAAUGUGAUUCUUAAAGUAUGUUUUUAAAAAAUGUGAUUCUCCUAGAGAAGUCACUGGAA